UUUCAACACACACAUGCCUAUGAUUCUUCAUUUCAUCCCACUCAUAUCCCUUGAUAUUCAACACCCUCUUCUCCAGGAAACCCACGCCCACACAUCUAAUGCAAACACAAACGAGCAACCGUUCUUCCAGAAGAAGAAAGGAAGAAAGGGCAAGUGGCCGAGCAAGGCACGGCAAUCGCUCUGCUAGAGACUCGCUACCAAACAUUCCCCCCUCGGGAACCAAAGUAAAAAGGCUAUCCGCGGGGGGUGACGCGGGUACUACUGUACUGGCCCCCCAGACUUCCCACGUGGCAAAGCAAGACAUGAAUUCAAAUUCAAUAAAAAAAGCGCCGAGAGACGGGACGGCAAACGUGGCCGGGGCGGGCGCGGGACUAGAUUUUUUGGGGCGGAAGCCACGGUUUUGAAUCCCGCGGAUUUGAGUUUCUCUUGUUUGGCACGCGAC